AUGCGUGAAGCUCAACGAUUUGUUCCCCUUGGUGGAGCAUUCAUUUUUUACUAUCUUGACUCUCUUGAACCUCUUUUGGUCCUUUUCUCUUUUGUGAAGCCUAUGACAAUCUACUUGAAGGUCAUUAAAACGGUCGCUUUAAAAGUUAAGGAAUCAGAUAGUAUCGGAAAGGUCAAAGUUUUAUUACAUGACAAGGAGGGCAUACCGGAAUGUCUUCAGCAACUAUUUAUAAAAGGUGUAAGGCUUAUGGACGAACAGAAGUUAGUCGAUUACCCCAUUAUCAAGAACUCUACCCUUCAUGCUUAUGUUGAAGAUUCAGUCCCAAGGAUUUUAUUGAUGAAGAGACCCUAUAUUGAAGGUACAAUUAUGGUUUAUUCAAGGAUUAAUGAUACUAUCCGUGACAUCAAAUCUAGGAUUGGGACCAAAGAGAAAAUAAACACGCACAGGUUCUCUCUUUUCCAUGAAAAUAAUUUUCUUGAAGUUGACAAAACCUUAGGUUAUUACAACAUCGAUGGUGGAUCAACCAUUCAUAUGGUUUUCAAUCGUGUAGAGAAGUUGUUUAUUCCUGUGAUAAUGCCAAAACCCGAACUAGUAAAAAUAGAAAUCAGCAUUGCCUCAACUGUUUGCGACGUUAAAACAAUUAUUGAGAGCAAACUUGGCAAUUCAAUGGAUGAUAUGGAUCUGUAUUUGGGAAAUGAGAGACUGGAAGAUUCGAAGAAAUUAUUACAUCAGUGUAAUAUUGAGGUGGAAGCCUAA